AUGCAAGUUCUUAUUUUAGACAAUUACACGUCGAGUCUAGUUCGUGACGUUGUAGAUGAUAAUGAAUUACUUAUUAAGCAUAACAUUGCAAGCAUUGAAAUUUUAGAUUCAAAACGUCAAUCUCAGUCAAGUCUUGAAGCUGUGUAUUUAAUAAAGCCGACUAUUUAUAAUGUUAAUUGUAUUGCUGCCGACUUCACUUGUAUUCCAUGUCGUUAUUCUGCAUGUCAUGUUUUUUUUCUUCCACCAGUUCCUUCUAUUGUUGUCCAUAAAUUGAAAAACAGUAAUGCGGGUAAAUACUUACGUCGAAUAGAAGAUGCUUAUUUGGACUUUAGACCGUUAGAGAGUCAAGUAUAUACUCUUAAUGAUCCACGUUCGUUAGAAAAGCUAUAUAGCAGUGAAUGUCAUGAUUUAGUAACUUCGACAAUUGACAAGAUUGCCUUACAACUUGUUUCAGCAUGUACCGCAUUAGGUGAAUAUCCCAUUGUUCGAUUUUACAACCCUGAUAAACCAAACUAUGAGGCAUACUCCUUAUCUCAUAUUAUUGCCCAAAAAUUUCAAAACCAAAUUGAUCUAUAUGCGGGAAAUCAUGAAAAUUUUCCUGAUAAUUCUCCAGGUCGACUCCCUAGCAUUUUGCUUAUUAUGGAUCGUUCAAUUGAUUUUAUUUCUCCCAUAAUUCAUGACUUCACAUAUCAGGCAUUAGCAUACGAUCUUCUAGAGUUUAAAAACUGGAAUAAAGUAAUGUAUAGUACCCAAAAAAAGGAUGAUGGCAAGUCAAAACCAUUAGAGGGAAAAGUCAGUGAGAAAGAUCCCGAUUGGGUAUCUUUACGCCAUGAACAUAUUGCUGAUGUUAGCAGUAAAUUUACAGAAAAAGUACAAAAAUUAUUAAAGGAUAAUCCUCAUUUUGUCAACCAAGAUACCAACGUCACAGUAGGCGACUUAAAAGACAUGAUAUUUUCUCUUCCUGGGUUUAAAGAGGAUAGAGAUCGUUAUACAAUGCAUUUGGAUAUUGCCAGUGGGUGUAUGACUAAAAUUGAAACUAAAGAUCUUAAAAGUGUUUCAGUUGUUGAGCAAACACUAGCUACUGGAUUUUCUGAAGAUGGUACAAAACCAAAAACAAUUACAGAUGAUUUUGUGGCUGUGCUAGCUGAUGAACGACUGGAUCACAUGGACCGUGUGCGUCUAAUAUUGCUAUAUGCGAUUUUCAGACAUGGAUUGGUUGAAGCAGAUUACCAGAGACUUCAGCAACAUUGUGGUUUAUCUAAUGAUGACAUUCAAAUUAUUCGUAAUUACACCAAAAUUGGCGCGCCUACAAUUAAAGCUUCUUCCAAAAUAAAACUGUCGAAGAGUGAUCUUUCUCAUAGGUUUCAUUCAAUGAAUACAAAAGGUUAUAUGACUUCUCGAUAUGUUUGCGGCAUCUAUAAUGUAAUUGAUCAACUUUUAACGGGAAAACUAUCCGCUGAUCUGUUUCCUUAUACCAAAGAACAGCCUAUUAACGAGGAAGAAUCUGCUGCUGCUGCUGUUGGAAUCAAUUCGUUACGCAAUACACAUCAGCGUGCUGUAUGGGCUCUUAACCCUACAGCCCAGCCAGCAAAACAAAGGAUUUUCAUUUUUGUUGCUGGUGGAAUUACGGCAUCAGAAGCCAAAGCAACUUAUGAAUUAUCAAAAAUCUAUAAUCGCGAGAUAAUUAUUGGCGGAAAUGAUAUUAUUGCACCUCGUCAGUUUUUGACUUCACUUUUGAACUUGUCCAAACCUCGGCCUUCACUCAAUUUAGAAGAAGAUAAGAAAAUUGCCGAAUCUGCCCCUAACUUUCUUCUCGAAUCAGAUCGUCAAAAACCAUCUAUAUCUUCUCCAAUUACAAAGCCCACACCUCGUGAAAAUACAUUUCCUUCAGUUGCAAAGCCCAUAUCUACCAUCAGUUCCUCCGUUGAACCUCCCAAACACGAAAAGGAGAAGAAAAAGGGGAAACUUAAAUCUCUUUUUAAAUCUUGA